AUGAACGCUCUUGUUGGCGAUGAAGCCGGCGGCUACCGACUCGCCCAUAAUAUUGAGAUUCCGUGCCCAAAACCCGGCACCAUGUUGUGUCGUGUGCACGCCGUAGCCGUCAGUCCGUACGACGCCAAGAUCUCCGACUACUCCAACAUCCCCGGGGCCAUUGGCGGCUGCGACUUUGCAGGCAUCGUAGUCGAAGUCGGCGACGACGUGAAGCGCUUCAAGGCAGGCGACCGCAUUCUCGCCGUCACAUUUGGAUUGAAUGCGCUGGACAAGUCGGCUGGUGCUUUCGCAGAGUACGCGCUUGCGACUGAAGACCUCGCCUGCCAUGUUCCAGAUGACAUGUCGCUGUCCCAAGCAAGCUCCGUGGGUCUCGCUGUUGCAACGGCUGGUCUGGCUCUUUUCCAAGCCCCUGGAUUGCAACUCAGCAUGCCGCGUCGCGAGACGCCAGAGCAAGAAUCACCGCCGUUUGUCUUGGUUUCCGGAGGUGCAACAGAUACUGGUACCAUGGCCAUCCAGCUUUUGAAAAUCGCGGGCUACACCCCCAUCGUCACAUGCUCACCCCGCAACAACACACUAUGCACAUCCUACGGCGCGGCUGCCUGUUUCGACUACCACUCUGCCUCGUGCGGCGCCGACAUCCGGUCCCACACAUCCAACAGCCUGCUGUACGUCUUCGACUGCGUCACCGAUACCGAGACAAUGCGCAUGUGCUACUCGGCGCUGGGGUCCUCGGGCGGCAAGUACAUCGCCAUCGAAGCGCUCGACUGCGCCAUCAAAUACACGCGCCGCGACGUCGUCGCCGACUGGCUCAUGGCACCCACCAUCAUGGGUUCCCCAGUCCUGAUUUCAGGCACCUACGGUAGACCCAGUACGCCUGCGCACCGCCGCUUUGGAGCUGCGUUUUUCGCCCUCGUGGAGACGCUGUUGCGCGAGGGAAAACUCAAGGGCCAUCCCGUGCAGAUGAGAGAUGGCGGGCUUGCGAAGAUCCCUACGUAUGUGGAUAAUGUGCGGGUGAGGGGUGUUCAGGCCCAGAGGCAGGUUGUGCCGUUGGUUGUUGAGUAG